UUAGCUCAAAGCACGCAGUCAGAUUCGACUCCAGUGCGUAACUGUGAUAUAGACAGUGAAUGAAGAAACUCCUCGCUGUACUAAUGUCCUCUACAUAAUAGACGACUGAAUUAAUUCAAAGCUUUGUCAGUCGGGUAGAAACCAAAAGGCUAUUCUUUUUUUUUACUAUUGUUAGAAGUUCAUCAUUCUCGUGGCGUUUCCCUCGGCGUGCGGACGCCUCCGUUGUUAGGAGAAACGCUCUCAUAACGGCGUGCAUGGUUACAGCGAGGAGCCAAUCAGAGUCCUCUCCGACAUGAUUGACGUGUGUGUGGUGUGAGCUCAGUGCGGGGGGCGGGACUACAAACAAGCAGGCAGGCUGAACUCGCACACAACAAUCCGAGAGAGCGCUGCUAUUGAAUCAGACGCUCCAGUGACAACGUUGAAGACUAAAUUACACUGCAUAAACAGUGCUUUAGUUCGGAACUGGAGCUUGUGAUGUCAGCCCCUCAGUCUGCCUCUUCUAAAAGUUUUACCUCAACACCACUCAAAAGUAAAUCUACUAUCCCAAGGAGCAUCCCUAGAAGCAAGAGCGUGGAGUCAACAGGCGACUCAACCUACUCCUUGCUCUCACCCAUUUACCAUGAUAGCUUUGAUUUUUCGGAUGAAGAUAAUGAAGAAGCACCAAAACAGUAUCAGCCUGCUGACAACUCCUCUCUCACAGUGCAUGAAGAUGGAUUAUCAGUCAGUCCAACCAGGAAUGAGACACUGGAGUCACUUCAUGCACAAGAUGCUUCUACCGGAACAUUAAACCUGAGUGCAUGGGAACAGUGGGUUGUGAGCAAAGCUAAAGAGGAACGGAUGAAAAUGCAACAAAAAGCCUUAGAACAAGAAGCUUUAAAAGAAAAGGAGGCCAAAGAAGAAAAGGAACAACAGAGGAAAAAGGCAGUGAGUGUGUGUAAAAUUCAAGAGUGGCUCCAAAUGAAAAAGGAACAGGAAAAACAGGAAAAGCUUUGCAGGGAGUCCCAGAAGACUAAAAAAAUGCUGUAUGAAGAACAGAAACGGCUGGAAAUCGAAAGAAAAGCCCAAGAAAAAUAUAAAGAGUGGCUUAGACAGAAAAAACAAGAGGAAAUGGUGAGGAAGUUAAAGGAGCAGGAAGAAAUAGCCAGAAGAGAAAAGGAGGAGAGAGAACGGAAAGAGAGGGCAGAGGAGAUGUUUAAAGAAUGGCUUAAAAACAUAAAGGACAAAGACAGACAAUGUCAGUCGUCAACAUGUCCAGCUGGUGGCUAUGACAAUCUGAACUACCCUUCACCUACUUUUGUGAACCCUAUCCCCUGGAAGCCCAUUCACAUUCCCCAGCAAAACAGAACACCCAGGAAGAACAUGCCGCAGAAGAAGCAGCCAGGUCUACCAAAGUAUCGAUCAACUCCGUGCCUUAGUUACAAACCUAAAGACACUAUUAGUUUUGCAUGCAAAAGGAGGUGACAUCCUGUGGUCAAAGGCAAACAUUAGCCUUUACUCUGAUUAAGGUGGAUCAACUCAGAGGGCAUUUGUCAUUUUAGGGACUGGAGUUAUGAUGGGAGAAAUAUUUGUGGUUUAUCUAGACAGUUAUCUGCAUAUGUACAGUACACUCCUCCAUGAACUGAACACUUACCAUGAUUUAUGGUUCAUACACCCUUUAGUUUUUCAUGUUACUGAUACACGUUACUCGCAUCAAUGAAUGUCACAAAUAUGUUUAAUAACUGUAGUUUUUUGGCAGAAUGAAUAGAGAGGUGUGAUUAAGUAGUUUCAUUUUUGAAAACUGUAAUAUUUUUCAUUCAAAAAUAAAACAUUGUUUGGAAACGGUA